AGCAGACGAAAUCACUUCGCAAUGGCAUUGGUGUAGUCGAAGGAAGUGUGUCAAUCUGUCGUUAAAAAUUUCAGAAUUUUCUACAAAUGUAUGUUUGUUUAUAUGAGCGGAGUAUAAAAUAAGCAACAAAUAGAGUUAAAUAGCGAAUUUUCGUUCAGUGAAACGCAUUGGGAUAAAAGCUGUGACGUUUAAAUUCAAGAUUACAAUUUUUAGGUUAUGUUUCGUAUAUCUUGUCUAUCUUGUGUGGGAAACAAAUAUCAUUUAAAUAGUACGUAAAGGUGCAUAGUAAGUAGCGAGUGCAUUAAAAAUCAAUUGUCUUCAGGUUAUUACCAUAUUUCACCGUUGUUUAUUAAAUUGGAACAAAAAAAACGUGGCAAUAGUCGAUCACGACACGUCAAGCGUUUGGUUAUCGUCCCUCGAAUUUAUUGUGUUGUUUCUAUCGUAUCUAAGGAAACUGGUGGUAUCUGCGUCACCUGACCAAUAGUUUUUCACGGUAUUUAGAUAUAGACAUGCCAUUUUAUUAUGCUGGUUUUAAUACCAGUACAUUGUUCUGUAACGAUGGAGAUAUUAGUUUUAUAACAGAUUCAUUUACUGAAGUAUCGUUUCCUGGAAUUACCAACUUUCAAGUAGGUUGGAGCUACUUCCUCAUUUGGAAAGGGAACGAGCUAUACAUUUCUACUUCUAAAAAACUUGAGGAAAAUAAUAAAGAUACAGACACAGAUACAAAUAUUCAACUAAUACAACUGCCAGAAAAGUCACUGGAUAGUUGCAAGCAAGCUGCAACUGGUAGGAAUAAUAUAGUAAUUUUAUCUAAUGAUAAUGAAAUAUGGCUAUAUAAGAUCUAUGAGAAUACUUGGAAGAGGAUAAUCAAUUUUAUUGGUGAAAGCGACAAUUCAGAAAAAGAGUAUCCUAUUAAAAUAAUACAAGGAGGAUGCACUGUAGUACUUACUAAUUUAGGUCGAGCUUUUAAUGUCCCUAUUUUGAUUGAUAUACCAAAGAGGGUUCGAUUCAUAGACAUUGCUGGUGGAUUUGACCACACCAUCUUGUUAGCAGAGAAUGGUGACAUUUAUUCAAUGGGAAUGGGAACGCGUGGCCAAUUAGGACACAAUGAUUUAGAGGACUGCGAUAAUCCAAGAAUCGUUGACGCUUUAGCUGGCAUUAAAGUAACGCAGAUAUCGGCCGCGGGUUGGCAUACUGCCGUAGUAACUGAUCAAGGUGACUUAUAUACGUGGGGAUGGAACACAAAUGGAGAAUUAGGGUUGACAAAGCAAGAGAGCAAAGUAGUUGCUACACCCACGUUAGUAGAUUUCACAAACGACCAAGACGAGACUAUAGAAGUUUCUGUGAAAAAAGUUCAAUGUGGAAAUACUUUCACCAUUUGCAUGACGGAUGAUGGAACGCUUUGGGGAUGUGGAUGCAACAAAUACGGACAAUUAGGGCAAUCCCCGGAAAAACUUUCGAGUUCUUCAAAAUUUGUUAAACUCGACGUCCCUUUACGUUCGGAAUGUAUCAAAGAUUUCAAGUGUUAUGAAUGGGGUACAGUCCUCGUAACUGAUAUUGUAACUUCGUCCAAUGGCUAGUUUUACAAAGGAAAAAUAAAGAGGAUGUUUUCCGAAUA